CGAGAUAUCCCACAUAUCUAAUGGCGCUCGCCCUUGCAGGGCCAAGCCAGUUUAUUGGCAGCGCUCAACCCUUUCUACAGAACUUGACUUCGCUCAUUCAUUCCAUUCCUCGUCCAACUGCUGUAACCUCGACAGCACCGAAGCAGUCGCAGCUGAGCAUCGCAGCACCUUUCCAACAUUUCGUUCCUGCUGUAGCAGAGGUCCUGUGCACGCUGCCUGCGGCGAUUCCUAGACCGACUCAUUUGCAACACAUCGGUUCCGCCAAUCUUCAUUCAUUCCGAGCACCUACCGCAACAUCUGUACUUCUAGCAGCACCCCUUCGACUAAGUCGUACUGUUCCCCAGCGGCGAGCAUACUCAACACGGUCGUCUUUCUCGCCACUUCUUCAUGUCAUAAAGCCAGCACCGUCAGGACCGGGUGCAGUGCGGCGCCAGAUUCAGCAAGUGAGACCGAUCACCUGGUUUCCCAAAGCGAAACCAACACUGGAACCCCUGGUUGUAGCGAGGAUCGGUCGAGCCGAGGCAGACGCCAAUGCAAAUCCCGAUGAUGUCAACAAGCAAGUUGCGCUCUUUCGAGAGCUUGUGGCCCAUGGUGGUAAGGAUGGAUGCGAGAGAGUCAUUGCGCGAUGGGAGAGAACAUGCCAAUUUAGCCCUCAGAGUCCCCUCAUCAAAUCUGACGCUGCCUUCUCGGUGUACUGCAGUGCACUCACAAAUUCUGGCGCCGCUGCAUCUGUGAUGCCAGCUGCGGUACGACGUGAACAGCUCCUGAAGACUCCUGUGCCAGUUGAGGCCGAGGUUGUACCGUCCACACCUGAGUCAUCGAGUGAGGUCAUCGCUAAGAACAUCUUGGCUACCCCGAAGAAUGCGCAGCCAACAAUGUGGGGUACAACACCUAUCGAGGCAACUCCUGCUGCUGCGACAGCACCACAACCCGCUGUUGUCAGCACGGUUGGCAAUAGUACCGCGGAACAGAUGGCUGCGGCUGUGGGUUCUGGCGCCGGCAUCAAAGGAAAUCCGAUACAUGUUGUUAUGGAGGAACCGAGAGGGGCCAUGUUCUGGAAGUUCAUGCGAUUCGUUGGCAUCACUGUGCUCUACGGCUUCAUCCUCCUAACUGUGUUGGGUCUUGUCCUGGAGAACUCGGGUCUUAUGAAAGCAGGUCCCCGCCAGACAGAAUUCGAGCCUACUCCGGGAAAGACUGUGACUUUCGGCGAUGUCCAUGGUGUUGAUGAAGCAAAGGAUGAGCUGCAAGAAAUCGUCGAAUUCUUGAAGGAUCCAGGGAAGUUUUCUACCCUUGGUGGGCGACUUCCGAAGGGUGUACUGCUCACUGGCCCUCCCGGGACUGGCAAAACCUUGCUAGCACGUGCAGUAGCAGGGGAGGCGGGUGUUCCAUUCUUCUUUGCAUCUGGUGCUGAAUUUGAUGAAAUGUUCGUUGGUGUUGGUGCAAAGCGCAUUCGCGAUUUGUUUGCUGCAGCGCGGAAGAAGCAACCUGCCAUCAUCUUCAUCGAUGAACUGGAUGCUAUCGGAGGCAAGCGUAGCCCAAGAGAUCAGCAUUACAUGAAGCAGACCCUCAACCAGCUUCUUGUUGAGCUUGACGGGUUCAGUCAGACCGAGGGUGUCAUUGUUAUCGCUGCCACGAACUUCCCGGAAACGCUGGAUCACGCCCUUGUUCGCCCUGGGCGGUUCGAUCGUCAUGUUGCUGUCCCUCUACCGGAUAUCAAGGGCCGCGUGCAGAUCCUGAAGCACCACAUGCGUGAAGUCACCGCGGACAUCGAUGUCGAUGCCGCCAUCAUCGCUCGCGGUACUCCAGGCUUCUCAGGCGCCGAUCUCCAGAACAUGGUUAAUCAGGCUGCAAUCCAAGCAUCUCGGGAGGGAGCAAAGAGCGUGACCUUGAAGCAUUUUGAAUGGGCCAAGGACAAGAUCUUGAUGGGAUCUGAGCGCAAGAGCGCAUAUAUGCCGGAAGACGUGAAGAAGCUCACCGCCUAUCAUGAGGGCGGUCAUGCACUGGUUGCACUUUACACUCAGGGAGCCAUGCCCUUGCACAAGGUGACUUGCGUACCCCGAGGGCACGCGCUCGGUCUUACGCUCCAACUCCCCGAUAAUGACCGGCAAUCUGUAUCGUUUAAAGAAUUCCUCGCAGAGAUCGAUGUUUGUAUGGGUGGCCGCGUUGCCGAGGAGCUGAUAUUCGGCAAGGAGAACGUGACUUCCGGCGCGCGGUCUGAUCUGCAACACGCCAGUCGUACAGCGUCUAAUAUGGUCAAGCACUACGGAUACUCAGACAAAGUCGGCCUAGUGUAUCACUCAGACAAUGAUUCGUAUGCCAGUCCCGAGAAGAAAAAUUUGAUCGAGAUGGAGGUUCAGAGGUUCCUUGACGAAGGGCACAAGCGGGCGAAGGAGUUGUUAAAGUUGCACGAAGUCGAGUUGCACAGGUUGGCCGAGGCGUUGGUGAAGUACGAGACAUUAGAUCUGGAAGAGGUAAAGAAAGUGAUCAAAGGCGAGGAUAUCCGAAUAGGCGAGAACCUAGCCACUCUCUAGCAUGCAAUGGUAUAGUCCUUUGUUGUGUUCAUGAAUUUGUCAGUUG